AUCAUCAUUAUUAGCAGCAGCAGCAGCAGCAGCAGCAGCAGCAGCAGGUUCAACAUGAUGCAGCUUCCCGUUGUCUUUUUCCUGGUCACUACCUUCUCAGUUUUGACUGGGGCCGUCACCAUGAAGACCUUGAUUUUCCCAAAGGCCACUAAUGAUUCUUAUGUAGAGCUGGUUCGUUUGAAGCCACUCGCACUUGAUGCUUUUACUUUAUGCAUGCGUGUGGCCACCGAGCUGAAGGGUGAGCGUGAGGUCAUCCUAUUUGCCUACCGCACCAGAGAAAAUGUCAAUGAUGAACUUAAGGUGUGGCGGAAAUUCGAUGGCAGGUUGUCCUUGUUCCUUAGUGGUGAUGGUGUUGCCUUUGACCUCCCUCAACUUGAAGCCCUAGAAACCCACCUCUGCAUCACAUGGGAUUCUAGUUCGGGCUUGGCAACCAUGUACCAUAACGGCAGAAAGAGCCUAUCCAAGCCUUGCAGACAGGGCCACUACGUCCGUUCGGGUGGGAAGGUGAUACUGGGUCAGGACCCAGAUACUUACGAUGGUGAAUUUGAUCAAAGCCAGAGCUUUGUUGGAGAGAUCUCUGAUGUCAACAUGUGGGACACUGUCUUACCAUACAGCACCAUCCAGGAACUGUACUCAGGAAAAAGGGUACAACCGGGAAAUAUUUUCGACUGGAGAGCCAUAGAACUUGAAUCUUACGGGGCAGUUCAUGUAGCUACACGGGAACUGUAGCUCAAUCAAUACUAGAACCAAGUGAAUAGUUAUGUUUUUAAGUUUUUAUGGCAUAGAGACAUAACUGUUAUAACUGUGAAAUGUAUCUGCCUUUGUCCCCAAUAAAACAAAACUAUAAAAACACCAUCUAGUACCCUAGCUCUUUUCCUUUUUGAAUGUAGCAGCUUUCAAAAGCUGUCAUCUGUCAUCUACUCUUUGUGUUUAUCUUUGAGGGAAUGAAAUUCUGUUUUCAAAUGUUGCUUCAGUGUCAGCUGUUUCAGGAUUUCACACUUUUGGUCUUCCUUUGUCCUCAGGACAAGAAAAGCCAUAUCUCAUAUAGUCUUUGUUCUACCUGCGUUUCGCCAUGCUGAAUUUAAAUUUGUAAAUAGUUUGUAAAAAGUCUCCUAUGAGGUGACAUAUCGGGUGUCAACUCGCAUUACAUGGCUAUUAUCGCCACCUGCUGUUAAGGAAUGUAAAUAGGUGAAAGUGCUGAAUUAAUUUCUCGACA